AUGUCGGAUUCUUCCUCCGCAUAUAGCGAGGCUUGGAUCGCCGGCCCAGGCGACCACCAGUUCUACACUCGCACCUACACUGCAGCGAGCGCUCCACGCGCAGCAGUUCUCUUCGUACAUGGCUUCGCGGACCACGUAGGACGAUAUGAGCAUGCGCAUUGCAAUUGGGCGGCAAGGGAUAUCAUGGUGUUCGCGUUCGACCAGCGGGGCUUUGGAAGGACGGCCCUAGACAACCAGCACAAGAGCAAGGAUGCUGUGUACGGAAAGGCAUCACACCAGAUGCAGAUGCAGGAUAUUGAGUGGUGGGUGCGCCAUGUGAAGAAGGAGCAUCCCAACCUGCCCUUGUUUUUAUUUGGGCAUUCGAUGGGCGGCGGGAUGGUCCUCGCAUUCUCUACGCAAGCGCAGCCGCCACCGUCAUCGGAGACCAUCAAGUUGCUGUCCGGAGUGAUUGCAUCGAGUCCUCUCCUACUGCAAACUGUUCCUGCUUCAAAGCUUUUACGGAAAGCGGGAGGGAUGGCAGCCACGAUCAUUCCCUGGCUUCCCUUUCCUGCACGAGUCCCUGCCGAGGACCUAUCGCACGAUGCUAUCGUCAAUCGGGCCAGUGAAUUGGACCCGCUCAUCAAGUCGUAUGGCACAUUCCGCGGCCUAACCGACAUGCUUGAAAGAGGCGAAAAUCUGCUUCGCAGCGGAUACCACCACUGGCCCGAGAAUCUUUCUGUCACGUCGCAUACAGCAUCCGAACAGUUCUUUAACAAGCUUGAUGCCGAAGACAAGAAGCUUGCUCUGUUCCCGGGCGGUUAUCACGAGCUCACGAAUGAGCCGAACGGCAUGAAGGAGAAGUUUUGGGACGAGUGUGUCUCUUGGAUUCUCGCGCAUGUUCCUGCGACAUCCGGCGAUGGUGCACAUUUGGCCAAGCUAUGA